AUGUCCAUGCCAUCACAUCAGAAUGCGUCCAAACCUCAAGAUCAUACACUGUGCUUUAUUGAUGGAAUGACAGAUUCGAUGAUGGGACGAAGCGCAUUUGAGGACUCGUACUACGAAGAGGACGGAAUUAACGGCAAUCCCCACGUGAAGCAACGGAAAUCAUUUUUCUCUCCAGACGACUCCAGCGGUGUUUCCUCGUGUACGACGUCCGACAGUCUCAAUCCCACACACAGAGUUCAGUCAGCCUUCAUUCCAAGUUGUUUUUCUCAAAGUACUCAAAAUAUGACAUACUUUACUUCAAUCUCUAGGCACUCCGAUGAAGUCCUUCUCGACAUAGGUGAUGCGGUACACGUUGACCGAACAUGUGAGGACCAUUGGUGCUAUGGUACGAAUCUUCGAACGGGUAUGACAGGAAUAUUUCCUUCAGCUGUUGUGUGUGAAAUCGACAUCGUGGAAGAAAUCUGUCUCGGAGCUUUGCCGUCCAACGCCUCCAAAGUCACGGAAUCAGAACGAGACACGUUUUAUCUGACGAUGUUGGCGUCAAUCGAAGUCGGUCAUCACAAGGGUAACGACGUUCUCGUACAAGCGAUGAACAAGGUGCUGUCCAUGUAUAAGAACCACGAGGAGAUCAUCGUACCGCAAACGGUGCUCAUGGAAGUUUCAUUCCGGGGGAUUCAUGUAAUCGAUAAACGAAAAAAGAACUUCUUCCAAUGUCCGACGUUCGACUUCUUCUACAGCCUUCAAAAUAUUUCAUUCUGUGGAGCGCACCCAAAGCAACUCAAAUACUUUGGAUUCAUCACCAAACAUCCGCUGCUACCACGAUUCGCCUGUCAUGUAUUCCUCUCCAGCAGCUCCACUCAGCCUAUUGUUGAAUCGAUAGGGUGCGUUUUCCUGCUCGUUCUGCAAGGGCAUUCAAGCGCUCGUACGACGAAUACAUGGCAUUCGCUCAUCCAACGGAAGACAUCUAUCUGGAAUGAAUAUCGUGGACUUCUCCUCCGCCAACCACUCCUGUCUACAUUUCCUGCGAAUGCAUUGACCUCAGAGCAGCUCAUGAUCGUGCGACCACUGCUUCAUGCUGGCCAGGAACCCGUUCAGUCGGUGAUCUGCACAGACGAGUAG